GCGCUGCUCACAGGCCUCCUGCAGUUCUGACUGGCUCAAGGCAGCUGACACUUUCCCACGGCAGGGCUGUGAGUCUCGGGGUGCAGGUGCGCCUCCUCUACUGUUGGCGAUAAAAAAUUUGGGGCUCGCGCGCCCCUGGGAACGUGCGCUGUGACCGCAGUGAGACACGCGAGGAAGAGGAAGAUGAUUCCAGCUCUACUUGUGCUGUGCAGCUUGUGUGUUGGAGUCCACGGUGAGGAAGGGCUCCUGUCCUGGCACCUGGAUGAUGUCAUCAGGGCCGUGGAGCUCACAGAGCGCUCGAACCCGGGGCUGGACAUGCUGGGAAUCGUGAGGACCCUGCGCAGCACGGCCAACCACGACGACAGCUUCCUUCGCCACUUCCUGGGGCCCCUCCCUGACGGCGGCCCCCCGGCUCGGACAGACGAGGCCACCCUGGCCCCAGCCUGGGACCACACCGGAUUCGUCGCUGGGAUGUUCCGCCACAGAGUGACCGCGGGCGGCCAGGAGGAAGGGGUGGUGCUGACACCGGACGGCACCACGACAGCCGUCGCCCCCAUGUUGCUCGGCAUCGAAGCUGGGCUACAGAGAAAGAGGGGCGCCCCGGAAUCUGGGAUUCCUGACGCCCUGUAUUCCGUGACCCUGGCCAAAGACCUGGGCCUGUCCUUCGUACGUUUCUCAAACUCCCAGCUCGCAGGCCGGCUCGGGCCCGAUGGCUGCUGGGACAGCCUGACCGCUCCACGGAACUUCACCCUCUCCGGCCCGCCGGCCCUGGCCACGGACGCGCUCGUGAACGGGGCGAUGGACGGCGUGGUUCUGGGGGAUCACCUGUCUCGCGAAGAGGACCCCCCUAAGCUGAGCCAACUCCUGAAGCUGUACUUCCACCACAAUGGCCUGGCGCUGGAUAGCGCCCCCAGGCUGCAGAGCAACUUCCGCAGGGGGAAUUUCGGCAAGCUGGCCAAUGCCACAUUCUUGCAGGAGCAGAUCGUGGCCUCCCUGUCGCUGUACAGGGGGCUGAUGGGAGACGCGCUGCUGGAGGGGCUGGACUCGGCCGCGCUGGAGUCUGCGGUGAGGGAGGGUCUGCCGGAGUUUGUCCACCGCUACAUGGUGUGCCCUGCCAUCAUCCCUCGCUGCAUGUGGGGCGCAGAGCCGUACCGGGGCACCCCCACUCCGCUGGUCCUGCCGCUGAGCUUCCUGUACAUCCACCACACCUACGGGCCCAGCCUCCCCUGCCUGACCUUCCCGGACUGCGCCCGCGACAUGAGGGCCAUGCAACGCUUUCACCAGGACGACCGCGGCUGGGACGACAUCGGCUACAGGCACAACUCGCUGGGCUACGGGGUCAGCUUCAUCGGAGACUACACCGCCACCCUCCCAGCGCGGAGAGCCAUGGCGCUGGUGAGGGAGCGGCUGACACAGUGUGCAGUCGACGGCGGGCGCCUGGUGUCCAACUUCACCAUCCACGGGCACCGGCAGCUGGUGAACACUUCCUGCCCCGGGGACAAGCUGUAUACCGAGAUCACAGGCUGGGAGCACUUCAGGGAAGUUCAGCCCAAACCACCAGGAGACAGUCGAGCUGGAAACUGACACUUGAGGAACAUGCCGCCACAAUAAAACAGUUUUCUUAGAAAGACA